UAGUCUUUGGUCGAAUAGCAAACUGCGGUCGGUUUAGUGUGACCAACUGACAUUCCGUUAAGUAGAAAAUAUCGGGAUCUUCUGUCUCUAUUGAGCUCUGAGUGAACUUGAACAAACUGUUUACUUUGUGAUACUAAGUCAGCCGCUGCGGAUCGCACCGAAGAGGAAUUAUAAUUCAACGUAUUCAUUUGGAACGUCAGAACAACACAUUACAGCAUGUGGAAAUACAUAACCAUCGUGAUGGCGUUUGGAGUAUGCCUGCUACGAAAUCAUCAGAUCAGUGGGCAAAUUUUCGGCUACGAACCGGACGUGGACUAUCCGGCCUACGAGAAGAUUCCCUCCGGGCUAACAUUCCGAUGCUCCGACAGGAUGCCCGGCUACUACGCAGAUGUCGAAACGCGCUGUCAAAUUUGGCACUGGUGCCUCCCGAAUGGCUACAUGUUCUCCUUCCUGUGUCCGAACGGAACCGUAUUCAAUCAAGCCGUUCGGGUGUGCGAUUGGUGGACCAACGUGAAUUGCGGUGAUUCGGAAGGACUGUACGGCAACAACAACGAGCUCUACAGGGACGUGGAAGGGAACCUGAUAGCGGGAUAGUUCCUGUAGAUUGUAGUCCUCAAAACUGUUGUAAUUUAUUAAUCUGUAAUUCAUAUAUGACAAGACUUUUGACGAUAAUUUCUUUUUUUUUUCGAGUGAUUUUCUCCUGACAAACGUUUACU